AUGUCGAUCUCGCUGCAGCACUUGUGGAAUGCAAGUUGCCGCGAGAGGGGGGGGGAGGAGGAAGAGGAAGAGGACAACAUGAUUGGUGUGGGACGCUCUGACAGGUCCACCACGUGCUUGCCCCUCAAAGUGCCAGGACUGCAGUCACUCAGGGGCCGCAAGCCACUCCGCACCCCCACUUAUGGGGAGGAUGUCGACCAAGCACUAACCUUUCCUGCUGUUGUUUCUUCUUCUGGCACAACGACUGAGGGGAAUAUGGAUAGUCCCACCGGCAUCCGCCUGCCGAAGGACAUACUCGAUAAUGCCUACCUAGUGCCUCUGCCCAGAGUAUCUGGCAAUGCAUUCACCUCCACUCCCACCGGGUCUGCAUAUUCGCUGAAAGAAAUGGGUGAGUCGGAGUUAAAGGGCCAAAAGCAACAACAAUCGCGGAAGUGGCACGUGGAUAAAAAAGGUAAGGAUAGGAAGGGGUGGUUUGCUAAUCGGACACUCCCAAUAGCAUGCAUACUGAUUCCUUACUUGCUGGUUCUCAUAUGCGUGGCGCUCUUCUCCGCUCUAAUGCCGAGCCUAAUGGCCUUAAAGAGUGUAAACGACUCUAUAAUGGGUUACCACGAGUACCUACAGCUGGAGAUAUCUUCCCAUGUGGUAAACGCGCUCAAUAUGCCCCCUCUGCUCUCGAGUGUCUUUAUCGGCCUGUACAUCAAACACGAGGCGAGGCCAAGCCCGAAUGAUGAUGUGGUACCGAUGGGCUUCGACAUGACACGGAGGCUGUGCGCCUCACUGCGUCAUAUGGACCGGAUGCGGUUGCUGACAUCUGCCUUUGUUGCCUCCGUCACGCGCGAUGAGAUUGCCCUCUGUUCACGCGGCUUUCACCAAAAUUACUUUGCCACUGUGUUGCUUAAUGAGGAAGACGGUCUGUUGCUUGGUCCUGUUGCUGUUGAUCCCCGCACAUUGCAGGUCGUCGAUCCACCCCUCUUCCUGGGCAACUUUAUUGAGGCCUUUACGCUGCAGCAGCUGGUGUACAACAUGACCGACACAGGAAGUCGGCUGGAUGCAUGGAAGCGGGAGGUGGAAGCAGGUCGGCAGCAGCCCAUAGGCAUGUGGUUCAUUGAGAACUUUUUAAACAUGCGCUAUGCAUACACACACCCGUUUAUUGAGAAAGACGGCAGUGUCUCUUUCUUCAAGGUCGCGGUGGAUUUUAAUCGCAUGAUUAAGCGCAUGUUCCUUCGUAGCGGGAACCUUCCCCACGCGCUUAGAGUGAUGGUUCUUGAGGAUGACGACACAGGUACGGACAUCGAUGGCACCAAUAAAGAGAGCAGGAUGCGGAUUAUUGGAAGCAGUUGGGAGCAGGACUCACGUUAUGUAGAACGGAGCACGGGCGUUGCCAAGGAGUCCCUCGACACGGACGGCGACAGUGUGAAUGGAGUCUUGACAGUUUUUCCAACCCUACGGGAUGUCACCGAUCCGUUGAUGCGGUCAGCCGUUGAAUACACCAAUAUCAACAGUCUCAUGCACACAGUGCGCAACAACAAUGUGUUUUACACAAGGUUCCCAUACGACGCAUCGUUUGCCACCUUUAGUGCCUUUCGCGUGCGGUCGGAUUUUAACGCAAGCGUCAUUGUGUUGGUCGCGGCGCCCACUACGCUCUUUGGAAGCCUUUACUCUUCACAGAAGAUUAUUCUCAUAGUGCUGGGAAUUACAACGGUGGGGGCGACCCUAAUGGUGUACGUUGUCCUCAAUAUCUGCGUCAUACGCCCACUGCGUGGCAUUGCUGAGGAUCUCCGUGUUGCGGCGAAGGUGGGAACUGGGUCUGCUGCUGCUGCCACUGCUACUACUACUACUACUACUACUACUACUACUACAAUCAAAGCACCUCCAACGCUGCACCGUGCUGUGUCUUCCCUGGUGGAGAUAUACAACUUACAGAGGGUGUGUGUUUCACUGCAGGAACAACUGAUUCAUCUGCGUUCAUUCUUGCCAGAGGGUCUUUUCGAAGUGGAGCGACUUCUUCAGGGGGAAGCAAGUCGAAGUUGUGCCGGGCUUCAUUGCAGAGAUGAUAUAGCUGAUGAUGAACGUGCAAUGAGCAAGUGGAAUGGAGAGACAGCGGAGACAGCAACCAAUGCCGUGCACAACUUCGAUGUGGGCCUCACAAAAAACAUACUUGGCGACUCCAAUGAUAAAAUCAACACCUUCACGGACGUGACAUGCUCGGUGGUGGAGGUGUGUAUUGUAGAUAUCAUGGACAACGUUGAGUGUACUGGCGAGGUGGCGAGUGUGGUGAUACAAGCAGCAAAUAAGUAUGGCGGAUGCAUUGAUGUGUUCGUGCCUGAGCUAUUUCAUGUGAUUUUUGGAUUCAGUCCGCGGCUUCAAUCAGACAAGUUGGAGGCGACGUACUGCGCCCUUGAAAUCCUUCGCAAUCUCCCCGAUCCCGUGCGCCGCUGCUGCACAAUUGUGGUCGAUAGUGGCACCUUCCAGUUCGGUGUCUGUGGUGGGCCAGAGAGGAAGGAGCUCGUCCUUAUGGGGCGGUCUAUCGGCCUGGAUCUUAUUCACUUACAGCGACACUAUGGUGUGCCGUUGGUGAUUCUCCAAUCCACAGCGUCGCACAUUCGUGCCUCUGUGCACGUGCUUCCUUUUACCUCGGUCCUGCUUAACAAACCGGACAUGCCGCAUCACGUCAUGCUCUACACUGUCAUUGACGGUAUCGCUGAUGAGGCGAUGUGGCGCAUCGUGGAGGCGAGGUACUGCAAGGGAUUUUCCCACCUCAUGCAGGAGGACUACUGCGAGGCACUGACCUUUUUCGAGAUUCUUCAUUUGGAGCUGUUUCUCACGCCUCAACUGACGCAAUUCCUCCGCUGCCAAAUGGCUCGCGUGCAUCGGGCAUUGGAUAAGCAGUUCGAGGCUCUUCCUGAGAUGAUGUUGUGGCCCUCACGCUCUCUAACGUUCGGCAGUAACCACAGCAUGACGGAUGGACAGCUACAAUCACCCGCCUCGCGCCGUACGCGCGGCGGCGCCGACACCGCCCUGUCGUAUAGUCUCACCUCCACGCGGCCCCAGUCACCCAUCAGGAACAUCCCACAGCAUUUCUGGGACAAGGAUGGCGUCCGUUGGACACGCGCCGCUGAAGGCUUCGUGGAGAACCGCCGCUUCCCCGUCUUCCUCGGUAUCAGCGAUACCGGCACCCUUGCGGCACUCAAGUUUUUACCCAUCUCAUCCUUGCCAGAAAUAGGCUACAAAGACACUCGCAGUAUUGAAGAGUGGUGGUCCCUCGCACUGACAGUUUAUCACGUGAACAUUGUGCAAAUUCUUGGCUUUGGCCGAACCAAGCGGCACGUGUGUCUCAUCAUGGAGUUCGUGCCAGGAGGAACGCUGCGUCAGUCGGUCAGUCGAUACGGCCGGGCGCUACCACCUAUGGCGGUGAAACGAUUUCUCGUGAGCACACUGCGUGGGCUGGAGUAUCUGCACAACCGUGGUCUCGUACAUGGCAACCUGCGACCCGAGUGCAUCAUGGUGGCUGUCGAGGGUGUAUACAAAUUGCGUGGUAUCAGAAAGAUGACGGCGGCAGGGGCGACGGUAAGCGAGCUGCAGGCGGGUUAUCGUUGUGGUGGGUCGGCGUACUGCAGCCCGGAGACUUUCGCAAAUUGUACACAAAGUGCUGCUAGCGACAUCUACGCGGUGGGCGUGAUGGUGCUGGAGAUGAUCCUCAAUCGGACGCCAUGGCGCUGGAUUGACCGUGCGGUUACAACACAUGCGGGUGACGCUUCCCUCGCUGAGGAUGACAGCAUUCAACGAGAACUACGGCCGAAGUCUCAGCAGGAGGAGGAGGAAGAGGCACGUAAAGCACGUUUGGGCUUAGUGGCAAUCCUUUCAGACUUUGAGAAGACACGUGCGGCGCUGGAAGAGGGAAAAAUCGCGUUGGAGGAAGUACCAUGCGACGCGGACCCGGUCCUGCGCGAGGUGCUUUGCAGCUGUUUGGCACCUGAGCCGGCGGCACGUAAGACGGCGUCGGAGUUGUUGCAGCUCCUGAGCGACAUGCCGUGA